AUGCUAGACAACUUAUGGUUCGAUGAAGUAUUCGGUGGUUUGGAUGGCAGGUUCACAUAUGGCUGGUUUGAAGAGGCACUUGCAGACUUUGGCGGCGACAUCCAGCAGAACGUGGCCAACAAAUUCUCUGGCUACGAUGAAACGGAUUUGGUAGCAGCCUCAAGCUCACUCCAGGACUUGAUGACCUUGCUGCCGAGUGAUGCAGUUGAUACGCAAGAUAAAAAAGAGAAAGUUGAGCCUCCCCAAGAUGCACUUUGCAAAUGGCUGGAAGAGGCAGUGAGCAAGAAGCCCAGCAACUGGGGAAGCGAUGGGAAGAGCGAAGAUGCGACCAUGCAUAGUGUUCAGCAGUUUGAGAACGUUGCCCUCGGCGCCAACGACAUGAAGAAAAAGUUGGUUGUUCGCAAAUGUUUCCUUGAAACGCGGAAGUUGGCGAUAGACUGGAUGGAAGCAGAACUGAAAGGUGGCAUGCCCACUGGCGUUUUUGUGAUCACGGGCACACCCGGUAUUGGGAAAUCUGUUUUCCUGGCUUAUUUUGCGGCAUAUCUGUGUGAGAAGGGCUACAACGCCCUGCUCAAGCAACAAACGACUGUGCUGUUGUUCGACCCGUAUGAUUCUGAUGCGGCCAAGUUGCAGACUCGCGAUCAGGGCGUGUCUUUCGUUUUCACGUCUCCCGGAGAGAAGUGCUACAAGACUGCAUUUAAACAGCAGUCCAAUCACAGCACACGGCGCUUCAUGCCUAUAUGGACCCUUGCAGAGUUGAUCGAAUACCGGCUUGUUUUGCUUCCUUCUUUCAAAGAGGCCACCGAUGUCGAGAAGGCACAUGCCUUGCUUGGCGGGAGUGCGCGGUGGCUGCGCGAUUUGGAUGCGCAGCAGAAGAUGGGGCUGUCCUUGGAAGAUGCCGCCAGAAAAUUAAUUCGACAGCGUUUGGAGCCGAGUGCCGCAGCUGACAUCACGGACAGCAAAGCGAGCCUCCUGCUACAAAUUGAUGCACAUGGGCAUUUCGAGAUUCCGUCCGAGCAGCUUCUUGCCUCAGAUGUUGCAAAACAGGAAGUCUGCGAUGUGCUCAACAUCAAGACACAAGAG